GAGGGAACAACAACCAUUGAACACCGCUGGCGAGUAUGGAGUGGAAAGUACCAAAACCUAUACCACAUCCGUUAGGACCCUUAGGCAAGCACACCACAAACCUUGCACCGCCGCCACCUGAGGUGUCAGCCCGUCUACCGCCGCCGUCGGCCAAUUACCGUAAGAGAAAAGGAUAUACAGCACAAAAAAGGGACCACCGUACCUCCCCUGCAACCGAGGUCAAGAGACCCGCCUAUGAAGAGAACAUGGAAGUUCCGACCAGACGACCGCCUGCCCAGCGUACCGUGGGGACCAUGGGCCCAGAUGUCUUCCUCGAAAUCCGUCCGGGUAUGUGUUGGCGCUGUGGACAAGGACAGCAUAACAGGACGGAAUGUACCGGUAGGGCAGUAUUAUUUUGCAGUAGGUGCGGACGCCUGGAAACUCUAUCUAAAAAUUGCCCCUGCCACUCAGACCGUCGACAACAUCCAACCGUACCGACCAAACCCCAGGGAAGAAACCAUACGAAAAUUGUCCGACCAGCUGAACCGCAAUCAACGACCGACGAACCGCCACUUACGUUGGAGAGACUGGGAGGCCGUUUGCCAACGAGCGAAGAGCUAGCACUCCGCCCCUGCCAUCGUCGUGGACCCAAAGUGGAAUCCUGUAAAGAAAAGACCGACUAA